UCAGUUCAAUUAAUUCAACCCUCCUGUAAGUAUGUAUAUUUUCUCACCAGAAAAAUUUGUGUGUGACAGGUUUUCCCACCUUUUCAUCAAUCCUCUCAUGGAAACAGAGAGGUUGGAACAUGAGAUCGAUAUCAUGGAUUCUGGUACCAAUACUCUACAAACCGUAUUCAAUCAAUUAAUCCAAAUGCGACGAAUAUGUCCGAGUUAUAUACUUUGUUUUUUGUUUUUGUUUUUGUUUUUGGCUUCAGAAUUUCUCUUGAUCAAGUACAGUGAUGCUGAUCAACUUGAUCAAAUCCUUGCUCACACAUCUUAUGAGGAUCAUCCCUUCAAAUGUUUUUCUUGGGGCAACAGAUUUACUCUCACCAAAGUUCCCCUUGCUUCUCUCCGAGAAUCAGCAUUGGACUUUUUCAAUACUCAUUAUCGAGCUUCUUCAAUGAUCCUUGUGAUUGUCCUAGGAUCAGGAUCAGGCGACUUAGAUAAAAUUCAGUCUUCGGUGACUGAAUUUUUUAGGGAUAUUCCUAAAGGAAUAUCUCCGUAUACACCAGAAAUCAGCCGACAAUGGGACUCGGGUAAACUUAUUUCCUUCAAUCUGUUGAGAAUAAUCAGAGAGUGAUGAUUACUUGGAGAAUUCCUCGGGAAUCCCAUCAACAAAACAAGGCCGCAAAAUAUGUUAUGCAACUAUUCUCCGAAGGUAAAGAAAUAUUUUUUAUGGUUUGGGAGUUGAUUAUUUUGGUAGGUUUUGAACCAGUCAAGGUGUUCCUUUCUUUUUUUGCAGAGAGAGAAUGAUCCUUGUCCUUCUUUUUGAAGGAAAAAGGAUUGAUUUGGUCGUUGGAGGUUUAUACUGGUGGAAAAAACGGUUUUUCAGCUGAUGAUGAAGACCCCUCAGCUUGCUCUUCCACCUCUUUUGGGCAACUGUUUAUACUGGUGUUGGAACUCACCAACGAAGGUUUGGAACAGGAAUAUGUACUCAUCAAUCAUGUAUACGAGUAUCUCGGUUUUCUUAGCCUGUAACACUCCUCCUCCAUAUCUCAUGAAAGAACAAAAGGAUUUACAAGAUAUGAGAUUCCGUUUUCUACACAGUGAUGGCCGGUUGAUUGAUUCUUUACUUGGGUUUGCUGAUCGUCUGUCAGCUAACAUGCUCUGGUGUGAUGCUGAUCAUGCUUUGAGUCAAUGUUUUUCUGAUCCUACAUGUGAUCAUAGUGAGAUCGAUUUCUUUCUAAAAGAACAUUUUACUCCUGCGAAUAUGAGGAUCUAUUGGCUUGUAAAGACAUUACCGGAAAAAGAAGUUUGUCAAGAUGAACCAUGGUUUGGAACCUCUUACAUGGAAAAGGAAAUUCCCGAAUCUUGUAUCAAGGAUUGGGUGGGUCUCAGAAAUUUUUUUUCGAAGGGAAGUCGCUUUUCUUUCCCUUCUGAAAACUUGUUUAUGCUAUCAAAUGAGAAUCUGUUGGGUAGUGAUGAUGAGGAGCUGCGUCCAUCAAAUGAGAAUCUGUUGGGUAGUGAUGAUGAGGAGCUGCAUCCAUCAAAUGAGAAUCUGUUGGGUAGUGAUGAUGAGGGCAUGAGGGCGUUGAGAUGGAGAUGUAUGAUGAGGAGCUGCAUCCAUCAAAUGAGAAUCUAUUACGAAGAAUAUCUUCUAUGUCUCUGGUAA